AUGUCGAAUAACGAGAACUUUUACCUGAGAUACUACUCAGGUCACUCUGGGCGGUUCGGACAUGAGUUUCUAGAAUUCGAUUUCCGGACUAUCGCCGAUGGUAGUAGCGCCGCUGUACGAUAUGCCAACAACUCCAACUAUCGCAAUGACUCCCUGAUCCGCAAAGAAAUGUGUGUGAGCUCUGCGAUGAUCCAGGAGAUCAAGCGAAUUAUCAAGGAUAGCGAGAUCAUGAAGGAGGACGACUCCAAGUGGCCGCAGAAGAACAAGGAUGGGCGUCAAGAGCUGGAGAUUCGACUAGGCAGUGAACACAUCUCUUUCGAGACCGCAAAGAUCGGCUCGUUGGUAGACGUCACGGAAUCAGCAGACCCCGAGGGACUCCGAGUGUUUUAUUACCUCGUACAGGACCUGAAGGCCCUCAUUUUCUCUCUCAUCUCCCUUCACUUCAAGAUCAAGCCCAUCUAA